GUUCGAUGUCGUGCACACAGCACGACUGGUGCAUCACCUCUCAACAAAGUGUUUUCGAUCCUCGUUGUCUCGGUUCGUUCACGUCUUCGCCGGUCUUAACUCAGCCGAGCCAGGUCUGUGGACACGUUUGCUAGAACAGUGACCGUUUACGAGAAUAGAGGGACUGAGCAAGAGGGAGAAGUAUCGUCAGGGUUCCGUCGUGCACCGUGCCGAAUCGAACAUGGGCAGAGUUAGGUCCAUCAGGUACAGCUUGGGUUUGCUGUUCACUGUAAUUUUUGUCGCGUUGGCAAUCACGACAGUACACAAUUUUGACAUUUCAGAUUAUGUCUAUGGGGUGGAUCAUGAUUUGCAGGCAAGAGUACGUGCUGGAAUCGAGGCCGAAAGAUUCACCUACCAAACAAAGACUAGGUAUCAAAAUAGGCAAGAAUCGAACGAUGCUCCCUGCAGAAUCAAACCGGACAGGCCUUGCCCCCCAAGCAAAUACAGAACACCUUCUGGUGCUUGCAAUAACGUAAGGCAUCCGGUCUGGGGUGCUCGUGGUGCACCUUUUCUAAAAUUGUUGCCAGCAGCAUAUUCUGAUGGCAUCGCUAGUCCCAGACAGUCAAUAGGGAACCACGUGCUGCCAACCCCCGCGAAAUUAGUAUCGACUCUGCUCAGCCAUCUGCGUCCAUCACCGGAAACUCACGAGGGUCUGACUAGCCUAGCCGGAGUCUGGUCAGAGUUAAUACUGCGGGACAUCGCAGCCACGGUGCACCCUAGCAGCAAACAGGACGUGUGCUGUUCAGAGAAGGCGAGACACCCGGAAUGCUAUGAGAUCCACGACGAAGAAGGCGAAUGCACAGAGUACUGGCGCUCUGUACCGAGUCUGACCGUGCACAAGUGCAACUUCGAGACCAGGGAACAGAUGAACGGAGCCUCGGCCUACUUGGAUGGCUCGCACAUCUACGGAUCUACCGAUGAACAGCUACACCGACUCAGAACGUACAACCAGGGAGAGGUAAACGUCUCUGCCUGUGACGCGUGCAACGACACGAAGGACGAGGUGAUAGGGAUUAUAUACUCGGCGCUUCUCAACGAGCACAAUCGCUUAGCCAAAAAAUUGGCAGCCGGCAACGAGCACUGGGACGACACCAAGUUAUUCCUGGAAGCUCGUCGACUGGUCGUCGCGCAGAUUCAGCAUGUCACUCUGAACGAAUACGUGCCAAGCAUUCUCGGGGAGGGUGCUCGGACGGAUCCUGAAUUGUUGCCUGUCACGAGCGGAUUCUACAAUGGAUACUCGUCCUCUAACGUGGGAGGCACGUACGACGCUGUCGCGCUGGCAGCUCUGCGCGCUCUCACGUCGCUGCGUAAACAUGACACCCGCGAUGCCACGUGCUUGGAAGACCACGUGGUCGCGUCGGCCAAUCGCGUGAGCCUCGAUUUCAGUCAGCCCGCUUUCGAACCGCGGGUCGACGUAAACACGCGCUUCGUACACAUGGGCCGUGACCACGGCAUUCCCGGGUACAUCGAGUUCGUGGCUGAUUGUUCUGGACACAAUGUCACGGUCCAGAAUUUCGUGGAUCUGGAACCUUUGAUGCGUGCCACACACGUAAGGAUGUUGGAAUCCGUGUAUUCUCGAGUGGAAGACAUAGACCUUCUGCUUGGUGGAAUCUUAGAAAUUCCCAAAAGGGGUGCGACAGUGGGUCCAACGUUCGAAUGCCUUCUAAAGAGGCAAUUCGUCAAGAUCAGAAACUCUGAUCGAUUCUGGUACGAGAACGACAUUCCUCCUUCGGGGUUGACCUCGGCACAACUGGCUGAAAUUAGAAAAGUUUCUCUGUCUGGUAUUCUCUGUGCCAACGCGAAGAUCGAAAGGAUUCAGCCGAAAGCAUUCAUCCAGCAAGAUCCCUAUCUGAACGCUAGGAUCAAUUGCGUCCAACAUAGUCCACUUGACAUAACUCCGUGGAGAGAGGAACCACUUCCAGAACCUGUGAAGGAGGUAGUGAGUGGCAGCAGAUCCGUGAUCCCGGAAUACGUUCCAGAACUCAGUCCCGGUCUGAUAGCAGCAGCUGUCAAGAAGGCGGAAGCAGAUCUAAUUGAGAGGAAGCAACUGGAGUACAAUUCGUGGUUGCAGCAGAGAAUAGCAGAUCCCAAAUCACCAGCCGGGACAGCUGCCAGUUUCUCCAAAGCUAACAGAGAUGCUCUGUUAUUGGCCAAUUCGUCCAUUAUGUACGAACUGGCUACCAAUGAAAUUUUAAACGGCAUCCAUGGCUUGAAACGCAGGAAACGACAGAUCUUCGACACCACGGAUAACAUCCUCAGUUUCCCCAACAGCGAUUUCUCUGAUCUGCUGCAGAACGUUGACAUUUCUGGAUUCCUGGCUCAGAAGAAGCCCACGAACCACGACGAAGUCGAGUGUCCUGUAGACGACAGUCCUUGCGACCCAACUUCUCCAUACAGGACUCUGUCAGGUCACUGUAACAAUCUACGUAACCCCAAUCUAGGCAAGUCGUUGACGACAUUCGCCAGAUUGCUGCCUCCAAUUUACGAGGAUGGUGUCUCCAAGCCUAGAAUGACAUCAGCCACAGGAGUGCCUCUACCAAAUCCGAGAGUGAUCUCCACGGUGAUCCAUCCUGACAUCUCCAAUCUUCAUAAUCGAUACACGCUAAUGGUUAUGCAGUUUGCUCAGUUUUUAGACCACGACCUCACAAUGACGCCCAUUCACAAGGGCUUCGCUGAGUCUAUACCCAGCUGCCGUCCUUGCGACUCUCCCCGCACGGUUCAUCCUGAAUGCAAUCCAUUCCCGGUACCACCUGGGGAUAAUUACUACCCUACGGUGAACGUAACUUCAGGUGCACGAAUGUGUUUCCCGUCUAUGAGAUCGCUGCCAGGUCAACAGCACCUGGGACCCAGGGAGCAGAUCAAUCAGAACACCGGUUUCCUCGAUGGAUCCGUGGUUUACGGUGAAAACACUUGCAUCUGCAACAUUCUACGCGGUUUCAAUGGCCGUAUGAAUGCCACUCAGAGUCCACAUCGCGGAGCGAAGGAUCUGCUGCCACAAUCCCCGACGCAUCCGGAAUGUAAAGCUAAGUCCGGCUAUUGCUUUAUCGGUGGCGAUGGUAGAGCCUCUGAACAGCCUGCACUGACCGUCAUGCACACGAUGUGGAUUCGCGAGCAUAACAGGAUCGUGGAGGGUCUGAGGCAAGUGAAUCCUCAUUGGGAUGGAGAAAAACUCUUCCAGCAGUCUCGACGUAUAAUCAGCGCGAUGCUGCAACACAUCACGUACAACGAAUUCCUGCCACGAAUCCUCGGCUGGAACGCUGUUACCCUCUACGGACUGAAGCUUCUACCUCAGGGCUACUACAAGGAGUACUCGCCUACGUGCAACCCCAGCGUGCUCACGGAGUUUGCUACUGCUGCUUAUAGAAUUGGACAUUCGCUCUUGAGACCGCAUUUGCCAAGGAUGGAUCGCAAUUAUCAGAAUAUAGAACCGUCUAUUCUAUUGAGAGACGGCUUCUUUGAUCCCGAUGCACUGUAUCAGCGUGGUAUGCUGGAUGAAAUGACACGUGGGUUAGUGGCCACUCCUAUGGAGACCUUAGAUCAAUUUAUAACCGGCGAAGUGACCAAUCACUUGUUCGAAAUUCGUGGAAUUCCGUAUUCCGGGAUCGACUUGGUGGCGCUAAAUAUCCAUCGAGCUAGAGAUCACGGUAUACCGUCUUAUAAUAAUUACAGAGCUCUGUGUAAUCUGAAAAGAGCUACCACUUUCGAAGAUUUGUCGAGGGAAAUGGCACCGGAAGUUAUAGCUCGCAUGAAACGCAUCUACGCGUCCGUGGAUGACAUCGAUCUGUUCCCCGGUGGCAUGAGCGAAAGACCUCUUCAGGGUGGGCUCGUAGGACCUACGUUCGCCUGUAUAAUUGCCAUACAGUUCAGGCAGGCGAGGAAAUGCGAUCGAUUCUGGUACGAGACCGACGACCCCAACAUCCGGUUCACGGAGCAUCAGCUCGCUGAACUUCGCAAGGCUACGUUGUCGAAGGUUCUCUGUGAGAAUAUGGACGAACACACCGAUAUGCAACGGGCGGCGUUCGAUUUGCCGAGCAAUUUCUUGAAUCCACGUGUACCCUGCAGUUCUAUGCCAAUGAUGGAUCUGUCUGCCUGGAGGGAAACGAGGCACGGUUGUCAAAUCGGAGGAAGGAACGUGGCCCUGGGAGAGUCUGGUUUCCCUACUCCCUGCACCAGUUGUGUUUGCACAGCUGAAGGCACUCAAUGCGCUUCUCUGAGGAUUACAGACUGUAAUCAGCUUCUACGCGAAGCUUCUCGAGAGGCGAUUUUACGUGACGAUGUAUGUACGGCUCAGUGCGGCUUCGUCCUAGCGGCCACUGAAGCUAGCUUGAGGCUUCAGCAAUUCACUACUCCGACCAGCUUCCUCGGUUUCGUGCCACACAGAAACAGCCUGAGAAGCGCACCAACGCCGGUUUCGUUCAACGGCUUCAAGUUACCCGAUCUCUCGCAAUUCAUAGGUUGAGCGAGGGGAAAUGUUAACAAAGACUUCUCGUAUAACUGGUCGCUUAUUAACUAUUACACGCAAGAGACUCACUGUCUUCCUUCAAGAGACUGUACAACGACAGUGACGUAGAGUUUCUGGCGAGCUGCGCUUAUCGUUAAUGAUCGAACAAUUCUUUGUACAGAAACGCGAAUCGGGGAUCAUGAUGAAUGCGUACCACCUCGUGUAUCUUGAUAUAAGUCGGCCGUGAAGAGAGGUCAAGAGUGUCCCAAAAGUAAUAUAUUAAGAUUCACACACGUAUUAUAUUCGACUGGAUAUAUUUCAAACAUGACACUGUUUCAUUUUGUAAGAAAUACCUCUCAUUUUUUUAUUUUACUUGUUAUGUUUAGUACUAUUAUUUUGUAGAUUAUAAGAAGUAUUUA